UGCGGCAGCGUGCAGAUGUCACUACUUCCCAGGCAAUGUAUGGACGACUGUCGUCGCAUUCGGCAGGUGGCCUGAUUGGGUUUAUGCAUCUACUGCACCCCGCCUCUUGGUCGGCACAGCACAGCCGCCAGGCUGAAGCAUAUGAGCACUUGAGCGGAGGCUCAGUUUGCUCACUCACACUACUACAGACAUUCCAACAUGACCGAGUUGCUUACGAAAACCCCGUUCGAGGACAUUGUCCAAUCCGAUAUGUUUACUUUCUACGUCGGUGAAGAAAGGAAACCGUUCGUUGCACACUCAGAAGCCGUCGCGGCUACUUCACAAGUCUUCGAUACGCUCGUGAAUGGUGGCAUGAGCGAAGCCCAAACCCGUUCUGCUGAACUCAAAGACGUAGACCCAGAAACCUUCACCCGCUUCCUGGAGUAUGCAUAUCGCCACGACUACGCAAGCCCAUCGUGCCCAGAAGCAACAUCUCCUCAUGAAAACGGAGCGAAAAGCUCAGCCGCCUUUGUGUCACCUUCCCAGACAUCGGGGUUUGGGGCUUCUGAUUUCAACCCAGCCCAACAUCCAACGCGACCUUCGUUCGGGUUCGGGUCAUCCGGAUUGGACUCUGGCUGGGGCAAUUCGAGAUCAGCUCCCUCUGAUUACGGAGCGGUCCCUUCCACGAAGACGCCCAUUAAGCACAGCAAAGCCCGAGCGCACACGCGUUCUUCGUUUAGCAAGCGCGACUACCCAUGUCCGAUUUACGAUGUCUCAGCCUCCCCUUCCACAACGGUUGAUGACGAUCCGAUGUCGCCCUCGCUGGGCUUCGCCCCGGCGUUUCUCGCACACGCCCGGCUUUACACAUUCGCUGAUAUGCGCAUGGUCUAUCCGCUAAAGAAGCUUGCAUUGCACAAGCUGCACAAGGCUUUGGUCGGGUUUGAGCCGCAUGUUGACCGUCUUGGAGAUGUCGUGGAGCUAGCCAGGUAUGCCUAUGAGCAUGGCGAAGACAGGUCUGAAGACGGUAAGAUCGACGCGAUGCGAGAAAUGGUCCUAGAAUACAUCGUCUGUCACAUGAAAUCAAUGAGUGCAGACACCGAGCUCAGGAGUUUGAUGGAUGGUGAAGGAGAACUCGCAGGCGACUUUUGGAACAUCAUCAGCAGGGAGGUACUCUAGUACCCAGACCGGGAUCGCAAAAGCAUCUUCAUUUCUGCUUCUUUGUAUGACCAUCUCACCUCAGAACUCACCAUCAAUCAAAAGCCUCUCCAUCUCCAAGAUCUCUUGGAACCAGCACACUCCUGAGUAUGCAGCGAAUCCCGUUAUCUGGACAAACCUCCUUCCUGUCCAGCUGUUUGUCCACCGGCCCUGUCGGUCCACCCACGUACUUC